AGAAGAACACUGACCCUCUGCUUAUCCGAGCGCAAAGGAAACAGCUGUCAGUAGUUGUGAAGGAGAGGAAGUCAUGUGACCAGGCGAUUUGAUUUGAGUUUAUUAAAGACCUGACACAUGAGAGUGAGAAAGUGACAAAACCCGAUCAUGGAGACUCGGUGCAUUUCAGGCUGGUUUCUCCUCUGUCUACUUUCAGUCAGUGAAUGCAGUCAAAUCAUUGGUAUUGAGGGUCAGAAUAUCACUCUGCCAUUUAAAUAUGAUGCCAAAUCUCAUGGUCUACAACACAUUUGCUGGGGGAAAGGAAUCAUCCCGAGCUCUGGUGGUUGUGACAAUGAAAUAAUCUCAACUGAUGGGUCUGAAGUGACACGUAGAUCGUCAGUUAGGUAUCAGUUAUUGGGUGAGCUGAAGACGGGGGACGUCACUCUAACCAUCUCCAAUAUCACAGAGAAAGACUCUGGAACGUAUGGAUGUCGAGUGCAGUACGUUGGAUUGUUCAACGAUGAGAAAUAUCAUGUCAGCUUGACCAUUGAGAAAGGAGACGAGAGGCCACAACCUGGCUGUGAUCCUGGGGUCCAUUCUGCUUGUUCUGACAGGGGUGGGGAUUGUGUCUGUACUCGUCAUGAGAAAACGAUGGGAAAGAGUUGCCAUGGGACUCCAAAUGAGGAGGUUAGCAGAGGGGUCACAGUGGCUGUGGCUGUCCUGCCUGGAGAUGUCACCAGCAGUGGCCCCCACGAGAACACAGCUGCCCAUUCAGAUGCCCUGUCUCUGAGCCACCCUGCCCAUUCCCAGCACACACCCUCCACUCCUACACACUGGAUACACAAGAUGGCUGCUAGUUCUGGACCGUUUUCCCCCCGUCGUUGGAUCUUCGUCCUCCUAACAUUUUCAGCCAGGUGUUCAGUGUCAGCAUUCAAGGUGAUGGAAGGUGCUACUGCAACAUUGUCCUGUCAAUAUUCAGUGAGCCGUUUGGGUUUGAGCCGCGUGUGCUGGGGACGAGAAUGUGGCACGUUCUGGUGCAACAACAUCCUCGCGCAGACAGACAAACAUGGCGUCAUCUCCAAGGUGUCGGACAGGUACAGACUGGCAGGUGAUGUCCUCGCGGGAGAAAUGGACCUGGGAAUUCUCGACGUCAAGCGGACAGACAGUGGGCCAUACUGUUGCAGAGUGGACAUAGAUGGCAUUUUCAACGACAAAAAAAUUAUUCAAAACUUAAGGGUCAUGAAAGCUCCAGUGACCGUUUUGCCAACAAGCACCACUGUACAUGUUACAGAAGCUCCUCCCACCACAGAACACUGGAGAGCUGUUGAAUCAUCACAUCUAGCCAUUCCAAGACAGAACACCAGUCUUUUCCCUUCGCAAACACUUAUGGAGGAGCCUCUUCCCAGCUUCUCUCUCCAGAUCAACAUCCCAGUGCUCUCUCUCUCCCUCAGUCUGCUCCUACUUAUAAUGGGGGCCUUGGUCAUAUUGGGGUUUAAACGAGGGAUUCACAGAAGAGGUUUAAAGACAGGCUGUUUGUCAGCCAAAGAGCCGCCUCACAUCAUCUAUGAGAUCCGCAUGAGGAGACCUGUGGAGGAGAACAUCUAUACUCUGGACUAGGGUGGAAGAGCCAGAGCACUGAUCUGUCCAAUAGACGGCUGUUAACAUGAUAGUGAGGACAGCCAGACUGAUUUCUGUUUUGUCACAGUGGGUGUGUCCCAUAAGGCACCCUGUUCCCUAUAUAUUGUAUGACCAGGUAGCUGGGAAUAGGGAACAGGGUGCCUUAUGGGACACACCCACACUGUGACGCACAGACAUCAGUCUGAGUGUCCUCACUAUCUUUUUGACAGCCAUCUAUCUAUUGGAUGGAUCACUGUUGCCUGACAGCUGCUGUCAGAAUGAUCACCUCUCUCAGAGGCUCUACAUUCACUUAUGGUAUCUAUGGGAGUUCCCCCCCGCCCCUAUGUAAAAUGGAUUCACUUUUCUAUAUAUUGUGAUUAUGUAGUGGUGUGAUGUUUUUUAGAUGCACAGUAUUGGUUGUUAUCACAAGCGGUCUAACUUAUGCCUCUUUCUAAUAAAACAAAAACGACCUAAAAGUAAAAACCCAACAAGCCAUUUUG